AUGCUCUUGGCCGAUUUAAAAAAGAAGAUGAUAUGCAAUUGCUAUUUUAGACUAGCACGCCUGAAAGGACAUUAUGUUGAAUAGUUCAUUGUAAUUAGCUAUUGUGUCACCUUGUAUCAUAUGAUCACACUCAAUUUACUCUCGCCAAGAUAACAAAGUUAGAUAAAUGAGUUAACUAACUCCAUUGUUACGAUCUCCAGCAAGGAACAAGUACGUAAUUUAAUCGGAAUAAACACAAUUAAGUGAAACAGUGUGGAUAACAAUGGAAACUAAAAGCAUCUAUGUACUCGGAAGGAGGGUGAUCGAUAUGUUCUAUAGCAAAGGGUUCUCUGAUGUUAAUAUCCAGUUUGAAACGGGACCCGCGAAAGGUGAAGGAAUUGUUGGUGACAUAUUUCACGCUAUCAUCAGUGCGGUCAACAAGGAUGGAGUCCCGGUCGAGUUCGAGACGGUCAUUAAGUGCGCUCCCACCAAUAUAAACUUUCGCAAGACCCUGCCAGUGAGAAACUACUUUCUUAGAGAAGCUUUGUAUUACAACAAAAUCGUCCCAAUAUACGAUAAUCUGCAGGAUCAAUUCGAGUUAUGUGUGCCACAAGAAAUGAGAUGCUUACUCCCUAAAUGUUAUGGAGUCUGUGACGAUUUCAGACAGGAAAUGGUAAUCCUUGAGGACCUAACUAAGAAAGGAUUCUGCGUCGCGCCUAUACAAAAUGUAGAUUACGACCAUGCUGUAAUCAUGCUCCAAACUAUAGCAAAGCUGCAUGCUUUGUCUUUCAUUUACGAACAACGCUAUCCGAAAAGAUUUAGAGAAAUGGCGAACCAAAUAAGUCGACACCUGUUUAAUCCAUUACACGAUGAAGAAUUUAGCGCCACAUCUAUGAUCCAACAUGGCGAAAAAACUAUGACACAAUUUAUAAGUGCCAUUACAGACGAAUCAUUGCGGAAACGAUUUGAAACAGUCGCGGGAACAAAUUCGUAUAACAAACAUAUUGAACUUGCAAAAGCUGGAAAAACUAUGGCAAUUUUACACGGUGAUAACUGGCAUAAUAACCACAUGUUCAAAUAUAAGAACGGCAAGCCAAUAGAAGGAAUACCAAUAGACUUCCAGUGGUCAAGAUACGGCUCGAUAGCCCACGAUUUUAUGUAUUUGUUCUUCUCCGAUUCCGGGGAUUUAAGAAGAAAUCAUUUCCACCGGCUGGUAGACGUAUACUAUGCAGAACUCAAAGGCUUUCUGUCUCUGUGUGGGUAUGAUGUUAAUAAGUUUUGUUCCUACGAACAAUUCAAAGAAGAACUGAAAAGUCUAGUCUUGAUAAGCAUUAUUGUAUUCAUGAUUGCUGCACCUCUUUUCAAAAAUCCUGAGAUAACUAUUCCAGAAAGGCUUUCGUCCCCUGCAACAUAUUACGCUGUGACUGAAGAAUACAGAGCAACUGUCAACGAUAUGGUCACUGAUUGGGCAAAUUUGGGAUUCUUUUAAACUUUUAUUCGACUACUAUUUUUUAAUGUAAAAUGCAAAGUGCUUACAUAUACAUAACAUUAUAACUAAGAUUACAUGAAAUAAAGAGUUAAAAUUAUGAAAUUUAAAAAAAAAAUGUGGGUCAGGCCCCUAAAGAUGAACAACUCCCAGAAAAUGAACGUUGGGCUUUUUAAAUAUUGGCGUACUUUACACGUUUAAUGUUUUUUGAUGGACACUUUUCAUACAGAACAAUAUUUGUACAAACAUCGAAUAUUUUCAUACAUAGAAAUUUUCCUCCUUUUAUUCCACACUCUAUAGGUCUAACGCAUUACCAAUUUUGACAUCCGUCAUCCACCGCGAAUUUAACCAUUGCAACUGUGACAACUUCAGUAGCGACAUCUGCACUUUGUUUUUUUCGUUAUGAUUGACAUCUAUUGGUAUAUA